AUGGCAAUUCCAACUACAGAUACCUGCCUGGAGAAGGAUAUGGCUGUUAGCGAAGGCUACGGCAGCAGCCAUGUCGAAGCGAACGAGAGCUGCAUCGAGACGAUUGACGCCAAAUCCGAACGCAAGCUCCUGCUCAAACUUGACAUGUACUUUGUCCCCAUCAUCAUGGUCGUCUAUCUCACCUGCUUCCUCGACCGCAGCAACAUUGGCAACGUCAAGGUGGCCGGCAUGCCCGAGGACAUUGGCGCCUCGCCCAAGGAGUUCUCCACGGCUAUUUCCAUCUUUUACGCCACCUACGUCGCCUUUGAGCCUCCGUGGUCCAUCAUGAUGAAGUGGAUGACGCCGCGCAUCCUCCUCACCAGCCUGUGCGUGGUGUGGUCACUGUGCACCGUUUUCACCGGCUUCGUGCACAACGUCGCGGGCCUGUACGCGGUGCGCCUCAUCCUGGGUGCGUGCGAGGCCGGCCUAUUCCCGGCGCUGAACCUGUAUCUUACCAUGGUAUACAAGCGUCAAGAGCAGGCCAUUCGCGUGUCGUAUCUGUUCGUCUGCACGGCCAUUGCGGGCGCGUUUGGCGGCCUGUUAGCAUACUGCCUGCUCAAGAUGGAUGGCGUCGGCGGGCUGGCGGGCUGGCGCUGGGUGUACAUUAUCGAGGGCAUCUUUUCGAUACUAGUGGCGCCGCUCGUUUGGUUUGGACUACCGAAUGACCCGUCUCAGGCGUACUUUCUGACCGACGAGGAGAAACGCAUCAUGAAGGUGCGGGCGAUUCAGCGGGCACAGUAUAUGGGCAGUGAGGAGUUUAGCUGGGAGGAGAUUCGCAUUGCACUGAAAGAUCCGAAACUAUACUUGAGCGGUGCCAUCCAGUUCUGCCAAGACAUUCUCUUGUACGGCUUCAGCACCUUUCUCCCGUCCAUCAUCGUCAGUAUGGGUUACACCGUCAUCCAGGCGCAGUAUCUCAGCAUCCCCGUAUACAUUUUUGGCGGUCUCGCCUUCCUCGCGGCGGCCUACGUGUCGGACCGGUACUGCGUGCGCGGCCCGCUGCUCUGGCUGGCCAACCUGCCGGGAAUCGUCGGGUAUCUUCUCAUCAUUCUCUCCGGCAGCAACGGCGUCAAAUUUCUGGGCACGUUUCUGUGUGCCGUCGCCGUGUACAACGGGCCGGGUCUGAACCUGACGUGGCUCAAUGUCAACGUGGCGCCGCACUACCGCCGCGCGACGGCGAUUGGCAUGCAGCUCAGCAUCGGCAACUCGGCGGGCGUGGUCGCGGGUCAGAUUUACCGCACGGCGCCGUACCGGCUCGGCAACGUCUUCUCGGUCGCGGCGCUGGGGCUGGCGCAGGUGCUGAUUGUGGUCAAGUGGCUGUACCUGCGCCGGGAGAACCGGCACAAGGAACGGUAUUUGGCAGGGGCCGAGGAUCGACGAAAAGUGCAGACGGGAGACCGGGCCCCGGAUUUUAAAUACCAUUUAUAG